AUGGGUAAUGCAGGAAGUAAUCAGCCUAAAGAUUGGCAUAGAGAUGCUGUGACCAAAAUACCUGAUGCGGGGCCAUCAUCACCAGCCAAGGAAGGAGAGGCGUUUACAUUUGAUAAAAAAGUUGACGAUGACCGUGGUGGUCGAGAUGACGAAAAUAACAUUGAAGAUGGUGCUCCAUACUAUACAAAAGCAGUUCCUGAAAGUAAUGUAGAAUAUACUGGUACGCGUGAGAGGUCAAACACUUUGACUGAAGGUAGUACAAUAGUAGAUGAUGUUAAAGUUUUACCAACUGUCUUCAAAUGGGAGGGCGGAGGCAAGCAAGUUUAUAUUAGUGGAACUUUUACUGACUGGAAAACUAUUCCUAUGGUGAAAUCUCAUGGAGACUUUGUAACUAUCAUUGAUUUACCUGAAGGUGAACAUCAAUAUAAGUAUUUUGUGGAUGGUGAAUGGCGGAAUGAUCCUGCAGUGAAACUAGUUGACAAUGGAAUGGGUAGUAAAAAUAAUUUAGUAUCAGUAAAAUUGUCUGACUUUGAGGUUUUUCAAGCUCUCGCAAAAGACAGUGAAGGAGUACAUAGCAGUGCUCAAACAGAGUACUCCCAGGAAAUACCACAAUCCAAACCCUGGGAAAAAGUUUCAGGACCACCUAUCCUACCACCACAUCUGUUACAAGUCAUUUUAAAUAAAGAUACACCUUUAUCAUGUGAGCCUACAUUGUUACCAGAACCAAAUCAUGUUAUGCUGAAUCACCUGUAUGCAUUGUCAAUCAAAGAUGGUGUAAUGGUAUUGUCAGCAACACAUAGAUACAGAAAGAAGUAUGUUACAACACUGCUUUACAAGCCUAUAUAA